UGCAAACCUCCAAAUCUACUGUAGGAUUUGAUUGUUGUUUCUCCUCUUUGGUCAAACAGUACUCUCCCUCUUCCCUUCCCCUCACCUUCCCCGCAGCAUUUCUCAUUUAAGACUCCACCUCCGUUCUCCAUCCGUAUCUCCAUGCUGUUCCUCUUCGAAGGCCAUCAAGAAAAAGAGACACGCAUAAAGGCUUGAGAGAGAGAGAGAGAGAGAGAGAGAGGGGGGUGACGAUGGAGGUGGUGGUGCCGGUGCAAGACUUGCACUUCGACAGCGCAUGCACUAGCCCCUACGUGAGCGCUCCGUCGAGCCCGAAGCUCCUCGGCGAACCCUUCGACUUCUUCCGCCACUACACCAGCGCUCCGACCAGCCCGACGCGCGCCUCCGCCAUCUACGCCCGCUUCGACGCUGUCUCCUACAACGAUUCUCUCCCUCCGGCGGCCGCCGCCUCCGGCAACGGCUUCGACUUGGAGGAGAAGCCCGGCACGACCAAGCCCCGCGGCAGAUCCGCCAAGGAUGAGCAGGAGGACGUGUCUGACUUCGUUUUUGAGUUCAGUGGCCACCUUGACAAAGAUGGGUUGCCGGUGCUGACCACCGCCGAUGAGCUCUUCGAAGAAGGGAGGAUCCGGCCGCUGAAGCCCCCUCGUCGAGUGACGCAUCAGGUUAUGGAAGACGCGAGCAGCGUGGCCUCCUCGCCGAGGUCACCGAAGCAGAGGGGUUUGUGGUCUCCCUGCCACCGAGGCAGUGGAGGACGGGGAGAAGAGUUUGAGCCCUUCUCCGCAGCGACGGUGGACGUGACGAGAGAUCGAGGGAGCGAGAAGAAACCUAACCCUCCCUCGUUCUCUUCUUCCAGACGUCGGAAGGGAUGGAGAUCGCUCUCUCCGCUCAGAGAAGGGGGUCUCUUCAGGACAGCUGCCAACAACUCUCCUCCUCCCCCCACCGUUUCCACAGCCGCCCUGAAGACUGGCGGCGGCAGCGGAAGCAAGAAGUGGCGGCUAAUGGAUUUACUCCUCUUCCGGAGUGCGUCUGAGGGACGCGCCACCGGCAAUCGGAGCAAGGAUCCUCUCCGCAAGUACACUCUGCUAUCACCACCAUCAUCAUCAAACAAGAAAGCCACCACCGAGGACUUGAAGAACUCGAGCUUCAGAUCGACCGACAGCAGCGGGUCGAUCAGGAGGCGGCGUGCGUCCUCGCAUGAGAUGCACUAUGCCGCGAACCGGGCAGCCUCGGAGGAGCUGAAGAAGAAGACCGCACUUCCCUACCGGCAGAGCCUUUUCGGUUGCCUCCGCUUCAACCCGGCCGUGCUCAGCAUUUCCAGGGCAUUCGACAGCCGACGAUGACGAUGAUGAAGAUUCUUGUUGUCCUUCGCUUGUAAUAAUAAUCAGAACGACGCCUCAUGCAAUUCAAAACACCAAUCUCUAUUCCUCUGUUA